GAUUUGCGAUUAGUAAGGGCAAUCAGGUGGUGCGUAAGAGCUCCACUGGACUCGACUACGAGACGACAAGAAGCUACAAAGUAACAGCAGUCGUACAGGACAACGGCAAUCCCAGAAUGACGCUUUCUAAGCAGUUUACCAUAGAAGUAUUGAACAUCAACGAGCCUCCAGUCUCCAUCGACUUCACUUCCACCAACGGGCAGCUCUCCUUCACUACAAACAGUCCGCGAGUCAACGAAAACUCGGUCGCUCAGACGGUCGUCGGUACAAUAGUCGCCUACGACGCUGACGCCAACCAGAAUCUGAAGUUCAAGCUCGACGACACCGCCGGCGGUCGAUUUGCUCUCGACUCGAAACGUGCCGCUUGCACCGCCAGUUCGACUGCGGGAAUCAAGACAAAGUGUACAGUCCCGGUCGUUGUCAGUGGCACUCUCAACCACGAGGCGGACGCUCUGCACACAAUUGUCGUUCGCGCUACCGAUCAAGACAAACUCUUCAUGACCAAGAGAGUGUCUAUUACCAUUGUAGACAUCAAUGACAGACCGAGGGAUAUUGUCUUUGUGGGAGGACAGCCGUCUAUCAAAGAGAACGCCAAUAAUGCUUUGAUUGGCGAGUUCAAAACGACAGACGACGAUCCAACAAACAAGCACACGUACAGUCUCGUCGAUUCCGCCAAUGGUAAAUUCGUCAUCUCUGGAGCUUCGUUGAGUACCAGCGCAACCGCUAACAUUGAUUACGAGAUUUCUAAACAAAUAAAAAUUACCGUGAGAUCAACGGAUAGUGGUACGCCCCGUCUGCAUGUCGAUAAGACGUUUACCGUCACGGUUACGGACGUUAACGAGACUCCGACUAGUGUUAGUCUGACGGUGUCUACAGUCGACGAGAACAGUGGGACGGACACGGUCGUUGGAACUCUGCGUACCGUAGAUCCGGACAACAGCCAGACAGUGAGACAGUCACACACCUACACACUACUCGACAGCGCAGACGGCCGGUUCAAAAUCGUCGGUGGACAAGUGAAGGUGGCUCCAUCUGCCACAAAGUGCUUGCAGGUUGGUGGUAGCGAGUGUAAGCUGAACUAUGAGAAGGCAAAAACGCAUCGUAUUCUUGUGCGUACGACGGAUAACGGCAACCCUCCAAUGCAAAGAGACUUCAAUCUGACAAUUUCUCUCAACGAUAUCAAUGAUCAGCCGCGGAGUUUGAGCAUCGAUAACUUCAAGGUGAAAGAGAACGAGAAGAUUGGAACGUUAGUUGGCGUUCUUAGCUCGUUAGACGAAGACAAAAGUCAAACGCUGACAUACACUCUGACAGACAGCGAUGGAGGAAGGUUCCAACUCAAAGGGAAUCGCCUAGAGAAGGCAAAAUCUGCCAACUACGAGACCAAGACAUCGCACAAAGUCAUAGUCAAAGUAUCAGACAAUGGCUCGCCAUCUCGUUCGAUGACUAAAACUUUCACAAUUGAGGUACUCGACGUCAACGAGGCGCCGGUGACGAUCAUUUGUAAAUCUACGGCCGGUCAACUGUCGUUCGCCGACAACAAACCAAAAGUCAACGAGAAUUCGGCCCGGAGUACGGUCGUCUGUACUUUGGAAGCUCGAGACGCGGAUAAAGGACAGACGAUUGCUUUCGCCUUAGACGACGACGACGACGGCCGAUUCAGUGUCGCCAGUGCGUCGACCGUCCAAUGCACGGGUAUAUCAAACACGGUGUGUACGACGAAACUUGUCGUGUCCGGUACUUUGAACUAUGAAGAGACCGUCAAACACGAGAUCAUCGUGCGCGCAACGGACAAGGGAGGCAAGUUCAAAACGACCAAAUUCACCGUCCAAGUUGUUGACAUCAACGACAAGCCGACUGACAUUCAACUUGCGGGCGGUAACCCGCAAGUCAAAGAGAAUUUGAACAAUGCCGUCGUUGGAGAGCUGCAAACGACCGAUCAAGACUCCUCUCAGAGCCACACCUACAAGCUUGUGGACUCCGCGAAGGGACGCUUUGUGAUUGUCAAUCGAAAAGUGAAAGUAUCGGCAAACGCCAAUCUAGAUUACGAAAAAGGCAGUCAGUAUACGAUACAAGUGCAAUCGACGGACAACGGGAGUCCUCAAUUGUCAGUGAGCAAAUCGUUUGUCAUCAAAGUCUUGGACGUCAACGAGAAACCGACAGAUAUCCAGAUUUCCAACAACAAAGUGAACGAGAACUCUCCUGUCGAUACCGUCGUCGGUAAAGUGAGCACGAGCGAUCCCGACAACUCUCAAAGCAUUCGUCAGUCGUUCAAGUACGUGUUGCUCGACACGGCGGGCGGACGAUUUAAAAUGGUCGGCGACACAGUCAAGGUGGCGGUGUCUAACACUAAAUGUCUUGCAUCGGGUGGUUCGGCUUGCUUGCUCGACUACGAAGCUCAAAGGCAACACGAUAUCACUGUUAGAGCGACAGACAAUGGCAAUCCCGCUCUUUCGGUUGAUAUCAAAUUGACUAUCAUGCUCAAUAAUAUCAACGAUCAACCACGCGAUCUUGACCUGUCCAAUAAUGAAGUGGCGGAAAACAAGCCAGCCAAAACUGUCGUCGGCGUAUUGUCGUCGACCGACGAAGACAAAUACCAGAGUCUUACGUAUUCACUUGCUGAUGACGAUAACGGAAGAUUUAGAGUGGUCGGAAACAAACUGCAGAAAGCACAAGUGGCCAACUACGAAGUGGCAAAAGCUCAUUCCGUUGUUGUCGUGGUUCAGGACAAUGGUACGACACCUCUAAAGAUGAGCAGACGCUUUGUUAUCGAAGUGAUCGAUGUCAAUGAGGCGCCGAUCAAUAUCAGCAUCGUUGAGGAGUCGGGAUAUUUGCGUUAUCCGGAUAACAGCCCGCGGGUGGAAGAGAAUGCGCCUGUGGGGACAGCUUUCGGUACGAUAAAAGUGUUCGACUACGAUGCUAACGAGACUCUGUCGUUUCAAUUGGAUGAUGACUCGAAUGGAAUGUUUGCAUUGGGAAAUUCAGGUCAGGCUACUUGUAAGGCGAUCUUCGACAAGCCGGGAGUCAACACAUACUGCUCUGUGCCCAUAGUGGUAGCAGGUCCUCUGAACUACGAGAAAAAGUCGAAACAUUACAUUACGAUUCGAGUAACCGACCAGAAAGGACUGUUUCGAGCACAGCGGUUUAAUGUCGAGAUCGUAGAUAUAAACGACAUUCCUCAUGACAUAGAACUGUCCGCAUCAGUCAUAAAAGAGAACACGAACGACGCUCUGAUCGGUACAUUUACAACGCAAGAUCAAGACGCCACGCACCGUCACACUUACACUCUUGUCAACAACCCCGGCAACAAAUUCACAGUGAAGGCCAAUCAGCUGCUUACAUCCGUUAACGCUAAUCUAGAUUACGAAGCUCAGCAAACAUACAACUUGACCGUUCGAUCAACAGACAACGGCGUACCUCCACUGUUUUUGGAAGAAGACUUCAUCAUUUCCGUAACAGAUGUAAACGAGGAUCUGUCGUUAAUCCGCAUUAGCAACUCCAAGGUUCAAGAGAACUCGCCAACUGACACUCUAGUUGGUACACUCACCGUCGAAGAUCCAGACAACUUGGGUCCUAAAGGUGUGUGGCAAGCUCACACUUGUGUCACCGUUAUGAACGCAGACGGUCGUUUCAUUGUGGAUGGAAACGCCAUCAAGGUUGCCAACGCGGACAUCAACUACGAAGCGAACGCCAAUCUGUCAAUUGUCGUGCGCUGUACGGAUUCCGGGAAACCGUCGCUCUCGAGAGACGAGACGUUUGUUGUCACAGUGAUCGACAAGAACGAGCGACCAACCGGGCUGAACAUGUCCGGCGGUGCUGUAGCGGAAAACGCGUCUCCACAGGUAGUGGCCACGUUCAGCACGCAAGAUCCGGACAACGAAUUCUACACCAGACAGACUUUUGUAUAUGAGCUUGCAGCCAAACCGCAAGGUUUUCCGUUCGUCAUCAGCGGGAACGAGUUGAAGACGACGGUUAGUCUCGACUACGAACGACAGCAAUCGUGGCAAGUGUUCGUUCGGUCUACAGACAGCAGUGGUCUGUCGAUCGAUGAAGUGUUUCAGGUGGAUGUAAUCGACGUCAAUGACAAACCGUCGGGCAUCUCGCUGGCUGGCACAACGUCCGUUCCAGAGAACAGUCCGGCAAGUACGUACGUUGGUCAGAUCGCAACGACAGACGAGGAUUUCAAUCAAACUUACACGUACAGUUUGCAAGACGUAAUCCCACGUUCUAAUGGACAGCAAUCAAACACUCAAUGGACGGGGGCAUUUGUUAUUGAUCCCACGACAGGACGGCUGACUGUUGGAAGUGAUGAUUUGAAUUAUGAAGCAACACCUCAGUUCACGCUGCGAAUUAUGACGACCGAUUCUGGCCGUCCGCCUUAUUCUUAUACUGGAGAUGUGGUUGUGACGAUUGUAGACGUCAAUGAAGUUCCGACAAACAUUUCAAUCAGCGGAGACGAGAUAAGUGAGAACAGUACGAAUAACACUGUCGUUGGCACUUUGACGGUCACAGAUCCAGACAACGAAUUCAUCUCGCGGCAGUCGUUUCGGUGUUUAGUGGUGAAUCAAGAUCCAGAGCCGUUUAUGGUGAGAGACAAUCUAACGCUUGUUGUUGCCGAUCUCGUGAAUUUCGAACAGCAAGAGUUUCAUUUCUUAGAGGUACGUUGUCUCGACGACGGCAUUCCGUCAAUGUACGCAGAGAAACAGUUCAAGAUUCGGGUGGUCGAUGUUAACGAACCUCCGGCCGACGUUCGUCUUUCUUCUCAAACGAUCGAGGAGAACGAAGAGGCGGGAUCGCUCCUUGGCAUCGCAUCCUGUCGGGAUCCGGACAACGAAGUGCGUUGGGUACAAAACAUUACUUACGGCAUUCUCGAACACGACGUGCCGUUUGUCGUUAACGGUACAGAAGUUGUAUCGACAAUGAAGUUCAAUUUCGAGAACAGGUCCACGUACGUUUUCCAUCUUGGUGCUGGUGACGACGGCGUGCCCCGCAAGGCAACGAUCGUUGAGGUCACUGUCAGCAUUCUGGAUGUCAACGAUCGACCGACGCUUGUCGAAUUGAGCAGUAAAGGAGUUUUAGAGAAUUCUCCGGGUGGCACGCUUGUCGGGUGGUUACACACGAUUGACGAAGACGUCGGUCAGUCGCACAGCUACAGCAUCAUUGCACAGAGCGACAGCAAAGGUCUGUUUGCUAUCAACGGGAGCGCUCUUAUUGUGGCUAGCGGUGCACAACUGAAUUUCGAAGCGCAGUCUGAACAUGUAGUUGUAAUACAGUCGACAGACAACGGCACACCGACUCUCACAGUUCAGAAUUCCGUCAUUGUCCGCAUCGUCGACGUCAACGAAAGACCGACGGACGUCGUGUCGUAUAAUAAGACCAUCGAAAUCUACGAGAACAGUCGACCCGGCACGUGGAUUGGCAAUCUGAUGGUGAUAGACGAGGAUCUCAAUCAAACUCACGUGUGUACACUCCUCAACGGCACGCAGUAUUUCACAUUGAUCGACGACGAUCAACCCACAAUAGUCGUCUCUCAAUCGGCAGAUCUCGACUACGAGAAAGUUGCCAACAUUUGGGUCAACAUCGAGUGCUCGGAUUCUGGCAAACCGUCGCUCAGCGUCGACCACUCGUUCCACGUCCAGGUGCUCGACGUCAACGAACCACCGACGGACCUAAUUCUAGACGGAUCGCGAAUGUUGAGAGAAGACGUUCCGAUCGGAUAUUCCAUGGGUAGACUAUCAGUCCGCGACGAGGACGUCGGUCAGAGCCACACUUACGAAGUCGUCGGCCUCGCGGCGGUCGCUUUUAAUGUCGACAACUCUAAACGCGAACUGAUCGUAUUUCGUCCGAUCUACCUCAACUUUGAAAAUCUAACGAGAGACAAAAUCAACGUGACAAUCGCUGUUACCGACGACGGCUCUCCACCUCUGACGUUUCGAGAGACGUUUACGUUCACGGUCGUUGAUAUCAACGAGCCACCCAUCGGUAUCGUCAUUUCGGGCGGAGGGUCGAUCGGCGAGAACGCGAUGCCCGGAGAGACGGUCGGCAGUUUGUCGUCUAGUAACGACGAACGCGGGCAGUCGGUGACGUAUCGCGUUGUGAGCGUCGACGGAGUAGCCAACUCGACCGACUUCUACCUUCGAACCGACGGCAAUGCGACGUACCUGGUAUGCAACACGACGCUCGACUACGACAACCAGUCGUCGUUCUGGAUCGAGAUUGAAGCGAGUGACAACGGAAAUCCGCCGUCGUCGUCGAUAGAGACGAUCACGAUCACGGUGGCGGCUAGCGAUCCGUGCGCACUCGGUACGGCCGGAUGUUCUAUCAAUGCCAAUUGUACUCGACUGUCGUCCUCGAGGAGUCGUUGCUCGUGUGUCGAAGGAUUCGGCGGAGACGGCACGAUUUGUAAACUAAUAAAACAGUGUUCGGCUGUGACACCGGACAGCUCGGACAGCUCGAUUUCGCUGUGUAACAAUGGAGAGUGCAAGGACCAUGUGGGACACUAUACUUGCACGUGUCAUGCAGGCUACACGGGUCAAGACUGCAGUGUUGCUAUCGACGAGUGUGCGUCGAAUCCUUGCGGUACAGGUCAGUGUGUCGAUUCGGUCGACCACUACACGUGUCAAUGCGACGAGGGCUUUACGGGUGUUAACUGCGAGACAAAUAUCAACGACUGUGACGUGUCGCCUUGCGGGAAUGGCACGUGCGUCGACGCUGUGAAUGACUACAGUUGUGAGUGUCCGGAGGGAGUGACGGGAGAUCGUUGCUCGUUUUCGUCCGACGACUGUCAGAAGGAAUCGUGCAAGAACAGUCACUGCGUUCCGAAAUCGAACGAUGCGAAUCAGAUCACAAUAGUCGAUGUCGACUCUAACGGAAAAGAUUUGCCGCCUGUCGUAUUGCGGCCGGUGACAGGAGUGGAAACGCCGGAUCAAAACAGCAUGUCGAGUGGCCCUGCCGUUUGUGUGCCCGACGACUACAUCGUCAAGAUCAACUUUCCCGUUGUUAUCAACGCCGGAAGCAAAUCGUUCUUGAAAGAUUGGGAAAGAAAUUUGAAGAACGAUCUGGUCGUUACGAUACCCACUCGCACGAGCGACGGGAUCGGAUCUGUACCCGUCCCCAUCUCGUAUGUCUACAUCACAGGCUCGCAUUUGGAGUCGGACGGGAGUACGACGGUUAAUUUCGUGGUGAUGGUCAACGACGAAGCGGUGCAGCCCCACGACGUACUGAUUGGUCUGAACAAAGAUUGCGUCAACGUGACGCUCUUAUCUCAUCCAGACGAGAUUUGUCAGUCCGUGGCUUAUGCUUUGCAUCAUUCGCCUACCAUACGACCACCAGGAGAAGACUCUCCAGUGCCCUCUAUUGUGAUAUCUAGUAAUACUAAACGUAUCGGUUCUCAUAUUCUUUGGCCGAUCAUUGGCAGUGUUUCCGCCAUCACUAUCAUAGUAAUUUUAGCUCUACUGGCACGAUGGUAUUGCGCACGGCGUCGACUGCGAGAAAGUAGAUCACGCUACGACUUCCAGGGUGGAGCAAACGAUGCACUCGAUACAGAUUCUAUCGGGGAAAUGUACCAGGAGGGUGUGACCGACGAGGCGACCGCCACAGAAUUUCACAAUCCCUUGUUGGUAGGAAUGAAGCAAAAUCCUAUCUAUCACCAUCAACGAGAAAACCGCGGAGACGCACAUUGCUCGGAUGUGGGUGACGAGAAUACGGUCGAUGAUUUUGUAAAUCCGCUAUACCAACGCGAGGCGGAUGCACCUGUUACCUUGGAGAAUCCGAUAUACCAGAGCGAGUCGAUUAUAGCCGUUGGCGUCGAAAAUCCGAUAUAUCAACGUUCGUCUUUGAAUGCGGUCAACAACCCGCGCUACAAUCGCCUACAACGCGAUUCUCAGCCGUCUACUGAGGCCGCGGAAGAAGGAGUGUACCAUACAAUCGGAGACGGCGAUCUGGAAAGGAAGAGUGUGGAGAAUUAGACAUAGGGCAGACGGGACGGUGGAAUGGGAUGGUGAUGUCAUGAUGUUGAUGGGUCACUGAAGUUGUGGUAGGUUAGAUACGUUUGUGGUCGUGUGUGCGUGCGUGCGUGUGCGUGUGCGUGCGUGUGUGUGUGUGACAUAGUGACUUAGCAAUCAACAGAUACUAUUAGAAAUAUUGUGUUAUAUUCAUGGUACAUGAAACUGUUUAUUAUUCUCAAUGGAACAUGUUGGCAGGAUUUUUGUAAACCUC